GCGACAGUCACGUGACACAGAGAUCCAUGAAACCCCGCCCACUCUCAGUACAGCGAAAGUGUGUUUGUGUUUUGGAGGUCAAAAUGGGAAUAUAAGUGCUCGGGUGUCAUGGGAAGCAAAGUGAGUGGCAAGAUGGCAGCUGCCAGUCGGGUCGUGCAGGUUGUGCGACCUCAUACGCCUUUAAUAAAGUUUCCAGAUAGAAUGGGCAUCCCUAGGCCGAAUGUUCAAGAGGCUCUGAAAGUGCUUUCGGCUACUAUCCCACAGAUCUCAUCUGCACCUCCAUCAGCAGCAUCAAUAUCGCCUCCAUCCAGACCACCAGGACCCAUAAGCCGACUGCCAGGAACCCCUGAUAACAUUGCUGUAGUUAAAGAGCUUCCCCAGAAAUAUCGCAGAAGAACCCUUGCGUUAGAAGAAAUGGAUUAUAUCCAGCGUGGUGGACCAGAGUAACAGCGGUCUGUUUUUUUCAGUCAGCAUACUUAUUGGAAACUUACUUUAUAAUAAGAAACUGUGUCAAAACCAACGUUAUACAACACAUCAAAUAAACUAAUUAAAUUACAGAUGUUUAGCUAUUGUAUUGUAAAAAGAUUAUUAUUUAACAUAAUUGUACAGCCCAACUGGUUGUUUUACUUAUUGAGGUGCUUUAUAUUUUCAACAUGGAGUUUUGCCAACACCACUGUUCAACUUUUUGUAGUAUUCUCUUGCACUUCAUUUUACCCAUUCUGUCUUUAAAGCAAAAAAUUCAAAGCCAUUAUUCUGAUCCAUGCUGAUAGAAAUGAAUCACUGCAAGUAUUGUAGAUCUGAACAAUUAAAAUAUUUACUAAUUUUUGAAAA